AUGGGAUACCCGGGCAGAACGGUGAGGGGAUGGAGAGGAUGGAAAGUAUGGACGCUCCUGGUUUGGGUGGCCGCUGUCUGUUUGGUCUUAGCAGACGGACGGAGAGUGAGGCAGCCCAGAUGUCCCGCUGGAUGUACCUGCACCAAAGAUAAUGCCCUGUGUGAGAGUGUCCGAUCUGUGCCUCACACUUUCCCUUCCGACGUCGUUUCACUAUCUUUUGUCAAGUCUGGAUUUAAUGAAAUCUCUGGAGGGAGCUUUGUUCAUACACCUGCCCUGCAACUGCUAUUGUUCACAGCAAAUUCCUUUGACCUAAUAGAUGAGGAUGCGUUCCAAGGUUUACCACAUCUUGAAUAUCUAUUCAUUGAAAAUAACAGGAUUUCAACAAUAUCCCCAUAUGCGUUCCGGGGCCUUAAAGCACUGAUACAUCUGAGUCUGGCAUACAACAACCUUGAGAUGCUGCCCAAAGAUGUUUUCAAGGGCAUGGACGCUUUGACCAAAGUGGAUCUGAGAGGAAACAACCUGGUAUGUGACUGCAAGCUCAAGUGGCUGGUGGAGUGGAUGCACCAUACCAACGCCACCCUAGACCAGAUCUACUGCAGCGGUCCACCCAUUCACCAGGGGAAGAAGAUCAAUGACCUGCUGCCACACUCUUUUGACUGCAUCACAGCAGAGUUUGCCUCCUAUCAGUCGCUGAAGUUUGAGUCUAUUUCGGUGGAGGCCUUCACCUUUGGCAAAGAUCAGUAUGUUGUGUUUGCCCAACCAUUUGCUGGGACAUGCAGUCUCCUGGAAUGGGAUCAUGUUGAGAUGACCUUCAGAACCUAUGACACCAUUGAAAGCACUUCCACUGUGGUCUGCAAGCCCAUGGUGAUUGACAACCACCUCUUUGUCAUUGUGGCCCAAUUGUUUGGUGGCUCUCACAUUUACAAACGUGACACCUCUGCCAACAAGUUCAUCAAAAUCCAGGGCAUUGACAUCCUGACGAUUCGCAAACCCAACGACAUCGAGACCUUUAUGGUCGACGGAGAGUCGUUCUUUGUCAUUGCUGACAGCUCUAAGGCCGGCUCCACAACAGUGUACAAAUGGAACGGCAACGGGUUCUACUCUCACCAGUCACUUCACCCGUGGUUCCGAGACACCGAUGUUGAAUAUUUGGAGAUUUCCGGCAAAGCCCACCUGAUCUUGUCCAGCAGCUCCCAGAGGCCAGUUGUGUACCAGUGGAACAGGAGCCAGAAACAGUUUGACCGCAGGACUGACAUACCAGAGAUGGAGGACGUCUUCUCCGUCAAACACUUUCGGGUCAAAGGUGACCUGUUUAUAUGCCUGACAAGAUUCAUCGGGGACUCCAAGGUGAUGCGCUGGGACGGUGCCAUGUUCACAGAGGUCCAGACAUUUCCUUCCCGUGGCUCUAUGGUGUUCCAGCCCGUCUCCAUCGGCAACUGGCAGUAUGCCAUCCUAGGUAGCGAUUAUUCACUGACGCAGGUCUACCAAUGGGACCCCAAGAGGGGCCAGUUUGUCCCAUCUCAGGAGCUGAAUAUCCAGUCGCCUCGGGCAUUUUCUCUGGUAUCUAUUGACGACCGGGUGUUCCUGUUUGCAUCCAGCUUCAAGGGAAAAACUCAGAUAUAUGAGCACCUCAUGAUAGAUCUGAGUAAUUAAAUCCACCAUUCAUUUUGGAUAAACUAUAUCCACUUAUACCCUUGUUUCUUUGAUUUUGUUAAACUUUUGAACCCAUUAGAAUCCACUAGCAGUUUCCACAUAGAUUUAAAUUAAAGGAAGUUUCAAACGGAAGCUCAAAUGAUCUAAAAAUAAUGAUACAAUCUAGUAACUUUUGGGUUAGGUUAAAUUGAGGUUAAGUGUUUGAAAUCGUUUAAUUGGGGGAUUAUUGAGUUUAUUUUUUAGACAUCUGACACUAUACACCAGAUUCCAUGACAGUAAAAAUUCUACAUUCCCUGAUGCCUAUUUCAGGCAACCUGCUGCAAUUCAUUGUGAUAAAAAACUAUAAAAAAUAUAAUUUUCUUCCUUUUUGGGAAUGCCUUAUUCUCCAUUAAAAAAUAACUCAUUUCCACUUACGGUGCGAACUGACUAUCUUUCAGGUUUAAAAAAAAAAGCUAACCAUUGUCUGUUAUUCAACCCUUGCAUUAUUUAAACAACAGACACACACACUUUUCCUAUUCAACCUCAUACUUUGUUUUUAUUUCUCUUGUAGGAAUUUAGUAGGAACAAUCUAAAAUGUGGUAGUGCUAAUGAUCAUACAAUAACAGGUUUUUUGUUUGUUUGUUUUUGUGAGAAAAAGGGGCAAAAUGUGUUCAGAUGAUAUACAGUUUUACGUAUUAACAAUACAGACAUACAAGACAGGAACGUUUUCUUUAAUUCUAACAAGGUAUUUCAGGGUAAUUUACUUCAUGACUUCAGUGUCAUAACAUACAUAAUUCUGCACUGGAGUGUAAGCUACUAUGAAGUAUGUGGAUGUUGUCCACAAGCCAUGAGGCUGUCUGUGUAGGUUAAUUUCAUCUACUAUCUACCAUACUAAAGCUGUAGAAUUAAAUAACAUUUCACUAGGAUUUCUCAAUACAGUCACAGGCAUUCAAAUCUCACUUUAUCACUCUGUCACAUUAGAGUUCUUGAGACUUAGUUGAUAGAUUCCUUGUAGAAGAUGGGUCCACAGAAUGUCUCAGAAAUGCUUUUCAAAUUGAAAUCUAAUAAAAGUUUGAUGAUAACACAACAGCAGCAAAAUUAUAGUUAGCACUGUCAUACAGUAUGUAGUUUGUGGCUAAAUGACAAGAUCUUGGAAAUAAUACUACCUUCCAGCAAUUCUAUUAGUGCAGUUUGGCAGCUAGUCAACCUGUGCUCCGUCAGUCUUUUGUAGUCACUUUACACUUAUAGAAGUGACCCUAACGUGAAAUGAAGAAUCCACUCAACUCCUCUGUCCUGUCUACUCUAUGCCCAUCAGUUAAGCAAGACUGUACGCAUGAUGCAGACACUCAUAGUGUUGCUUCCUAAUGAAUGACUUGCUGGAAGCGUCCCACUGUGUCACCCAACCCUCUCUCUUUCACUGCACUCUUGCCCCUUUUCUCCCUCAUUGACAAAAACUAUUGUUGUCUUUACUUUGCAAACUAAAAGCCAACCACUGUGCAGCACCUAGUACCUGUGCUUUCACACGGUCCUCUUAUUCUGACACAAAGGAGACAGAAUUCUGAUAACAAUUAACAACUUCACUGACAACAACUUGCCAAAUAUAAUGUUUACGUUUUUACAAUACUGUGUAAAGUAAUUUAUAUGAUAUUGCUUUUUGUAUGUAGAGGGGACCACACUCAAUGCUUUAUUUUUCAUAGAUUUAGAAUUUAGUAUAGAAAAAACAAGGAUCACCUCCUUAAACGCUGUGUAACAUGCUGCUUCUGCAAAACAGUAUAGGCUUAUUUGUGUUAGUCUUAUCUAGCUA